AUGGCCGAGUUCGGAAACUUCGGCCAUGACGACAAGGCGUCGCGGCUGCGCGUAGCGGAUUUCCGCAAUUUCGACACGAUGAGUGACGAUUUAAGUGCGUUUUUUGCCAAGAAAAAGGAUAAGAAGAAGAAGGCCGCCGUUAAAAUCGAAGAAGUCGGCCAAGCUCUGGAACGACGUGCUCGAAUUCAGGAGGAUUUCGAACCGGAAGCUAUUGAUGACUCGUUGGAUAAACGUGGAGAUGAUGAAAAAACAUCCAAUACGGAAGAUAGUGAAUGGAUUGAGUAUGGUGAUAGCAAUCAAGGAAGACUUGAAGGACUUAAAAUAAAAGAUAUGGGACUAGAAAAUGAAUCUGAAGAAGUUGGGAUAAACGAGCAAGAAGAUAGAGAAUCUCACGAAACAAAGACUUGGGGACAGGUGAACAGCGAGCGAAAAGCCGCCGAAGAACCUGAGCAUGCUGAAACAAUCAGCGACAAGCAAAUGGCUGCUGCUUACAAGCCACCAGCUUUCAGGAAAUACCAAGCUCCUCAUCAACAGAAGCAGGCUCCUGUUAACUUUGAUAUGAAUAGUGAUGCUCUUUUCCCUUCGUUGGCCGAUGCUAGUAAGAUUGAGAAGACCAAAAAGGAUGAUGCGAAGACUUCCGCCGGAUGGACUAAAGCUGGACAAUCUGAAAACCGUGCACCUUCGAAACCAUAUAACGUUACGACUGGAACUGGAAGGGAAAGCGCAUUGGCUGCUGUAAAGAACUUGAUGAGCACAAACAACACUCCAAUCGUUCGCCAGCCACCACCGCAAGCUGCUGAAGUCCCAGAAGCGAAACCAGUCGAGAAGAAGAACGUUUAUGUUCCACCAUCGUUGAGAAACCGGCAAUAA